AUGGCAGACCCCCCUGGCAGCUGCCGCCCCUGUGCCACUUGCCUGCUCUGCCUCUACAGCUGCCAGUGGAUCACAGCCAAGAAGGAGAAGAGGAGGGGCCUGAGAACCACCAAGUGCGACUGCAGCUGGUUCCUUUUCCUCUUCUGUGUCUUCCUCUUCACACUGGUGUGGCUCUACUUUGUCAUCAUCGUCCUCAAUGAUUUCCACAACUUCAAUGAGUUCAUGUUCAAGAAGAAGAAGUUGUGGCUAGACUGGUCUCUGGUCCUGCUCAUAGCUACGGCCGUGCUGAUCACCUACUCAGCUGUGCUGCUGGUUCUUGCUUUGUGCCUGCAGCUCUGUGGCCAGCCCUUGAAGCUACACUGGCUGCACAAGGCCCUGCUGAUCUUAACUGCCCUGGUGGUGGCUGCAGCCUUCACAGGGCUGGGAAUAAAGUGGGCGGAGGAGUGGAGAAGUGCACGUAUCUCCCUGCAGGCAACAGGUCCCUUCCUGCACAUUGGAAUCGUGGGGGGAAUGACACUCCUUGCCUGGCCCCUGGCCAGCUUCACCUACCGCACCCGCAACACAGGUCUCAAGGUGUUUUUGCUGCUUGUGUACUGUGCGGUGAUGAUCGCGCUGUAUCUGGCUCCCCUGGGAUUCACCUCCCCUUGCAUCAUGGAGGAGAACCAGUUGCCCCCCAAACCAGCCCUGGUUGGCCAUCGAGGAGCCCCCAUGCUGGCCCCUGAAAACACCCUCAUGUCACUGCACAAAGCGGUGGACUGUGAUGUGCAAGUCUUUGAGACAGACGUCAUGGUGAGUGCUGACGGGGUCCCGUUCCUCAUGCAUGACGAGGAACUCACCAGGACCACCAACGUGCAGGCUGUAUUCCCUGAGAGGGCUGCCCUGAACAGCACUGCCUUCAACUGGACAGACCUCCAGCAGCUGGAUGCUGGCAGCUGGUUCUUGGAGCGGAGGCCGUUUCCCACUGUGCAGAGUCUUUCUGCUGACGAUCGCUACCAGGCAACUAAACAGAGGAUCCCAUCCCUGGAACAGGCACUAGAGGUAGCCAAGCAGAGCAAUAUCUCCAUCAUGUUUGACCUCCGGCCUGAGAACCACAGUGACUACCAGAGCUUUGUCAAUGCCACCCUGGAAGUGAUCUUACAGUCUCGCAUCCCACUACAGCAGGUCCUCUGGCUGCCAGAUGGGUUCAGGGAACAGGUCAAACAACAAGCCCCAGACAUUCAGCAAGUUUAUGGCCGGAAGAGGCUCCAGAAUGAGAAGGAGCCACUGCUGCAUGUCAAUCUGCCCUACCAGGACAUGACCUCUGAGGAGAUCAGGCAGUACCGCCAGGACAACAUCUCUGUCAACUUGUACGUGGUGAACCAGCCCUGGCUCUUCUCCGUGCUUUGGUGCUCUGGGGUGAGCUCUGUCACCACCAACGCCUGCCAGGUGCUGAAGGAGAUGAAACACCCUAUCUGGCUGCUUCCCAGCAGCACGUACCUCAUGAUCUGGAUUGUUGUAGACUGCGCUUCCUUCCUUGCCAUCCUUUGGGCCUUCCUCUUGCUGAAGAAAUGCUCCCAGAGAAGACGGCCAGCGGAGUCUGAGACGGACGUGCUGCUCACAAAGAUCAACAGCUUGAUGCAAGAGUGA